AGUAAUUAAAAUUAAUCUCUGUGGCGACUCCAGAAUCAGGAAAAAGCCGAAAAAGACACAAAUUAUAACUAUUAACUUUAAUAUUUUUGUUAAAUAAAGCAUUGAAACAACUCCAUGAUAUAAAAUACGUCACAGUAGCAACUUGACCUAGACGUCAGCUUGAUGAGAAGAUGACCAGAAGAACUACAAUAACAUCAAACAAACGACAGAAUCUUCUGCUCGACCUCAGCUCUGUGUUUUCUGGCCGUGCGUCACGUGACCCUGCUGGCCCCCCUCCAGACCGGAACGGAUCCAAGCAGGAUUUACUACAACAGAUUUGGCCUAUCGUUUCGAAAAAGCAAUGGAUUCCAUCUUGUCACUGGGCGCCUCCUUCAAACACUUGAGCAGCACCAACACCGGCUCCCCCAAGAGAGGCGCGAAAGGCCGCAGGAGCAGCUUCACGCGCCGGGCGAGCAUCAGCAGACGGAGAAGUCUUCCCUGCAGCAGCCAGAAGGUCCCGGAUUCGUGGCUGAGAGUCUACCAGGCGGAACUCAAACAAGAAAGGAAAAGGCAGCAAGCAACACUUGCUAAGAAAAACGCUGAAAGGUCCGUCAGAAAGACCCACUUCAGGAGCCAUCACUGCCUGCCAAGGCAGCAGAGGAGCACAGCUCGGAAAGCAGAAGCCGCAACAAAAAAGGCAGAUUCUCUCUUUGGAGCCUUCCAGGGCCUCAGCUUGGAUGGGGUGCUGGGAGCCGUGCAUGGACCCCCCGCUGCUACCGGAGGGGGAGGCGACCCGUGCAAAGUGAUGUGAGCUCCAGCGUCACCCUCGGGACUCCUGUGACCCCCACCCACCCCCCUUUGACAAGUCAGGAGUCGUAAAGGACUAAAAGGUGAAACAACCUUGAUGACACAACACAAGAUUUAACCUUUAAGACCAAUUUUUAUUAUGUAUAAAAAAAAACAGUAUUGGUCACCAAGCAUGUGUUUGCUAACGUUUUGGGAUGCGCUACUUAAUGACACGAAGCAGGUCUAAGUCCAAGAUGGUGUUUAACAGAAGGGGAGGGAGAAACCGCUUGGAAAAGCCGGCUUUUAAAUUCACCAAGUCCCAAUUUUUUUUUUUCCGUCAUCAUUCCCUUUGCUCCAUCUUUACUUUGGGGGGUUUGAGGAAGGACCUGUUCUUCUUCUCCUUGCUCUUCCCUUUUGCCUGGAAGUUCCUCCAACUGUCCACACGGCCGUCUCGCGUUUCCUGUCAAGUACAGUCCAAACCCUCAGUUUCCCGUAAUACUUUUCAUACAAUACAUACAAAUAUUGUUUUAUUUUUUAAAUGUUUGGUACAUUGAAUCGUGUACUAAUAAAGAUGUGAAUGGACGAUA